UCGCUUGACAGCUGGACAGUUCGAUAGGCACGGGCAUCAUCUCCGAAUCCAGGCAGAAAUCCCCCCACCGCGACGCCCCUGAAGCAGAUCACCGGGAUCGGAACGCAACUCGCGCCCGUCGUCGUCGUCGUCAGCAUCCAGCAGAGGCAGCAGCAGGAGCAGGAGCGCAGCCACCAUGGCCCAAUCUCAUCGGGAUCGGGACAGGGACAGGGAGCGCGGCUCCGGGCCACUGCCCAACCGCUGGCUGUAUUGUCCGCGCAAGAGCGACUCGAUCAUCGCCGAGCGAUUCCUGGCCUUCAAGACGCCGCUCAGCCAGAGCUUCCAGGACAAGAUGCCCAUCGAGUGCACCUUUCGCCCCGAGAUGCUCUUCGACUACUGCAAGACGCUCAAGCUGAAACUGGGCCUCUGGGUGGACCUGACCAACACGAAACGCUUCUACGAUCGAUCCACGGUGGAGGAGCGCGGCGCCCAGUACAUCAAGCUGCAGUGCCGCGGGCACGGCGAGACGCCCUCGCCGGAGCAGACGCACAGCUUCAUCGAGAUUGUGGACAACUUUAUCAACGAGCGACCCUUCGAUGUCAUUGCCGUGCACUGCACGCAUGGCUUCAACCGCACCGGCUUCCUAAUCGUCUCCUAUAUGGUGGAGCGACUGGAUUGCUCUGUGGAGGCAGCGCUGGCUGUCUUUGCCAGUGCCCGACCGCCGGGCAUCUACAAGCAGGACUACAUCAAUGAGCUGUACAAGCGGUACGAGGACGAGGAGGACGCCCCUGCGGCCCCGGAGCAGCCCAACUGGUGUCUGGACUAUGACGACAGCAAUGGCGAUGGCUCGGCCACGGACAGCCGGAAGCGGCACUUUGAUGACAACAGCUCCACGUCCACGUCGCAGCAGGGCGCCGGAGAGCAGGAGGAGGACGCCGAGGAGCUGGAGGGUGAGGAGGCGGAGGGCGAUGGAGACGCCUCCACGUCCGAUGGACAGCCGAGGAAGAAGCGUCGCCGCGAGAUGGUCAUCAAGAAUGCCGCCUUUAUGGCCGGAGUGCCGGGUGUGCGGCAAGUGAGCGACCAGCCGCGGCUGGGCGAUUUGCAGCGAAAGGUGCAGGACUGGUGCCAGUGGAACAAGAACGGCUUCCCGGGCUCGCAGCCCGUGUCCAUGGACAGGAACAACAUCAAACGGCUCAGCGAGAUACCCUACCGAGUGUCGUGGAAGGCGGACGGCACACGCUACAUGAUGCUCAUCGAUGGCCGGGAUGAGGUCUACUUCUUCGAUCGCAAUCACUCCUGUUUCCAGGUGGAGAACGUGGCAUUUGUGGACGGCAAGAACCUGAACGACCACCUCGAUGGCACGCUCCUCGAUGGGGAGAUGGUGAUAGACAAGAUCGGCGAGACCGUAACGCCGCGCUACCUCGUCUACGACAUUGUGCGUCUUUCGCAUCGCGAUGUGCGGGACGAGCCGUUCUAUCCCAACCGACUGGACUACAUCAAGAAGGAGGUUAUAGGUCCCCGCAUUCUGGGCAUGAAGCAUGGCAUUAUCAACCAGCGACUGCAGGCGUUCAGUGUGCGCGGCAAGGAUUUCUGGGACAUUUGGAUGUCCGCCCGUCUGCUGGGCGAGAAGUUCUCCCGGACGCUGGCCCACGAGCCGGAUGGCCUCAUCUUCCAGCCAUCCCAGCAGCCGUACACGGCCGGCGUUUGCUCGGACGUCUUCAAGUGGAAGCCGCACGAGCUCAACUCGGUGGACUUUCGGCUCAAGAUCAUAACGGAGCGCGGCGAGGGCCUGCUCACGAAGAAGGUGGGCUUUCUCUAUGUGGGUGGUCACGAUGCACCCUUCGGACGCAUGCAAAAGCUGACAAAGGAGAUCAGAGACUUGGACAACAGGAUCGUCGAGUGCACCAUGAAUCAGUAUGGCAACUGGGAGUUUAUGCGCGAGCGAACAGACAAGAAGCAUCCCAACAGCUUCAACACAGCCCGCUCUGUUGUGGAGAGCAUAAAGCAGCCCAUAACUAAGGAUUAUCUACUAAACUACGUCGCGAACUACGGGUUUCGUGAUGACCAUGCCAUGAUGCCGCCGCCGCAAAAUGCCCAUCCCCAUCCCCAUGGCCAUGGACAACACCACCAUGGCGCACCGCAGGGACAGCGCCGGCCCCACUAAGCGUAUGCAGCUAGCAGCACCUCACGCCUCAUCUCUCAUCUCACCAUUGAACCCGACACUAGGAAAUUAAACAGCCCCUAAUAAAUAUAUUUCAAAUCGAGAAUUACACUCAACUCUGAGUUGGCCGAAAAA